UGUUGCCGAUGAUGAGGCCACACGCGAAUAGAUGACCGAGUUGCGCCUGACCGGAGGUCAAUGGGAUGUUUCCAUCAACAAGUGGAGCUUUCUCGGACUCCCCGUAGCUCAAGCGCAUUGCGCAACGACAAGCAGCUAACGGGGGUUCCACUAGUUUGCGAGAUCGUAAACCGUUCGCCGAUGGGGCGCACAGAAGCAAACAUCGCCCAAGCUUGUAUAUGCUGUGCCUAUUUUUCUCUGUUCUAGCGCAACCACAGAUGAGAACGACCUAGAAUUGGAUUCAGUGGUGAACCACCUUCCGGUCAGUUAGCCUAUGUCCCGCAUUUGCGUUUGUCUAGGCUGCAAACGAAGAUAAGAACGUGCUCAGCAGACGGGUGCUUUUCCAGUGGACUCUGUGGUGAAGAUCCGCAAACUUCCGAAGGGAGUCGCGGUGGAUGUUCGCGACCUUUGCCUUGACCACCCGUGCCUGCCUGCCUGUGACUGCUCCAGUCACAGCAAUUGGGCCACUACAAAACCACAAGACAGCUGUUGUGAAACUUGUUUCUUAUGGGACACCUGCAUCUGAUGCAGCUAUAUUCGGUGACUCACCGCUCAAAUAGCAAGGAAAGUUCCAUUCUAACUUUGAAAAAUAAUACUGAUCCAACCAUGACUGAUUGGUGAUCCAAUGCUUAUAGGAGACUGUAAGGUUUUUUCUGUAGAAAUGUAGGUGACUUUGGCAAUAAAAAAAGAAUAAUUAAUCCCAAGCUUGUAGCACUGAAGUCAGACAGAUGUUUCGCUUGAAUCGGUGAUUUGUGCUUUCAAAUAGUUCGGUGUAGUUCCUCAAGCCUGGAAUGUCAUAUUAAGGGCGGCUAUGAAAAACAUUUCCCAUCCUAUUAUUUAUUAGCCAGUUGGUGUCAUCACGUUUUAGUACUGGAAAAAUUUUUCUUAUUAAUGACAAGCUUGAUUUGUUGAAAAAUGAAGGCGGUAUAUGAACAACCUCCAUUCGAUAUACUCUUCCUAAAGAGCGCAUUGUUAUAUAUAUAUAUAUAUAUAUAUAUAUAUAUAUAACUGUUCCGGCUAAUUUAAGAUUUCUAUAUUCCUUGAGUAAUGUUCGACGUUCAUAGGCUCAGUGAUCAGCUUUUUCUCGCUAUCGCAAGAUACGAACAAAAUAAAUGAUUUUUGCCCUUUGGCAAUACCAAUAAAUGGCACAAAAAAUGUCAUAGUAUUAUAAAAGACGAAGUCUGUGACAACUCGUGUUUUUACGUGAAAAUGUACGCGAAAAUCAGGACUAUGAUCAGUAGGUUUCGUUUGAAACGUUUGUUUGUAUUAUUGGAAAUUUUACUGCAACUGAUUUCAAAACACUUAUUUCGAUUGCUUUCGUUGCAUUGCCGCUGAUUAUGCCAGAAGGUUUAAAAUCACCGACUUUUCUCGAAGGUUCCUGACAUUUUAUCAGUGUGUUUUUAGCCACAGCAGUUAAACUCUAUGGUUCGAUUCAUAUUUGCAUACGAAAGUGGGCAUUGCCCUAAGGCUUUCCGUUUUAUGCUGGUCAAGUUUACGUUAGACUCGAAAGCUAAGUUAUUCUCGUGCCAAACGGUAGAGUAGCGUUUUUGUAAAGCGAUUAGAAGCGGACGUUGUUUGGAUUAACAUGCAGCUGUGGCAAUGAACUAACGGCCGGAAUCAUGAAAACGAUAAAAACAUGCUUUUCUUGUGGCCAGCAAGAACUUCGAUCACUAUCAAUAUUACGCUUCCGAACACUAAUAGACGAUAAAAAUACAAUGAAAUAUAAAGACCUAUUCGCUAAUUGGCGAUGGCUAGCGCACAGGGCCUACUGUGAUUUAAACGUUACGAGCAUCUCGAGGGCAGCACGAAUAAUAGAUUGAAAAGAGGAUAGAUUUAUCUCGUAUAUUGUGAUGUAAUGGAAAUGUUCACAGGGAGUAAGAAAUAUGUGCCAGCUUUUUUUUUUUGUCAAGGAUAAAGAUAAUUAUUAUGAACAUGUUUAACGUGAAUACAGUCUAGUCUGCGGCUCAGAUAUGACAACUUGACAGAGUGGACCCGUUAUAAUUGUCCUUGUACUGCUACGUAUUUGAUAACUGUUUAACAACAUUAAGUACACAGAAUGAUUUCAUAAUGUCCGUAGCGGAAACUUUUCCAGUGGGGUAUGUCAUCAAACUUACGGACAGAGAUUGAGACCUGGGUGCAUCAGAUUAUUGCCAUAGACCGAUGCUAAAUAUCUGAGACAGGCAGAAACGUUUGCCGAUGUGACGGUUAUACAGGAGACUGUGUAUGUCUAGUCACAAAUCUGUCGACUCUUCGACAAAAAGGCCGCACCAAGAGCAGAAGAUUUGGAGCACUUUGAAAUUGUGCUACUAGUGAACUAUCAGCUUUUAAAUGAGAACAGUAAACUUAAAUGAGUCUUACAUUUAUACUAUGGGAAGGAUUAGAAAUUAUCCUUUUUUUAACAAUGAGCAAAAAAGAACAUGUUGCUUUGUUUAGUAAUAAACAGUCGGUUGAAAUUGCGCUUAUUCUGUUCAGCCGUUGCAAGAAUAGCUCAGGUGAGCAUCGAAUGAGGGCAACGCGUAGGGUGAUUUGUGUGCAGCUGGAAAAACGUCCAUUAACAGUUCUUGAUAGAUUUGCCGCCUGCCAACCUACCUUAUCUUGCUAUACAAAACGCUUACCGCCGCUUUCCUAAUUCACUAAUUUCUGCUCAUACAAAAACACGAAAUAUAACAGUUUUCGUUACUUGUUUUUCUGUAUCGUCAUGGCCAGCAAUAGGGUUUUGCUUUCUAUUCGACAACGGGGCAAUAUGCGACGUGUUAUCUAUUUUGGUUUGCCCAUCUACGCGCGUCCUAUAUACUAUUCAUAGAUAUGUCUAUUUAUGUAUGCGUGCUCGGAGGCACUAUGCAUCUCUUUGUUGCGCUGUUUUUGCUAUCAAUAUUGCUAUUAUCCUCACUGUGCAACAAUAUCUACGAUUUUCAUCGUACCAACAAUUACCUGCACAUCGUAUCGGGUCCGCAACUAGGAUUUAAUCUUGCCUAUGAAAAAGUUUGAUUUUUCCUUUUUUCUAUACGUAGAAUCGAAAGACUUAAUAUAUAUUAACUAUUUUUCUAUAGUAACAUUCGACAAGUUGUCUAUACAUCAUAAGUCCGUAGUUGCCUAUACACGUUAUCGCUGGUAGACCUCUAACAACAGCAGUAGCAAUGUAAAAGAUCAUCGUUUACUGCAAAUCAACACUCGGCUCGAUCUUAUUGACUGUUUAAAACAACAACAAUAACAAUAGUACGAGCAGUAGAGGCCACCGUCUGUAGACAGCGUGUCUUUCGUUUCUGAUUGCUCUAAGCGUAAUCGCUCUUACUCUUAACAGCAUUUCGUUCGACCUGUAGGUUAGUCCUAAUGCGUAAUUUCUAGACUGCGCGCAUGACAGCUCUAGCCGGCUGUAUGUAUGUAUGUAUGUGUAGAAAUUGUAGUGUUUGUACCUCUUACUCUCCACCCAUAACAGGGACUUACCACCUACCCUCAAUGGCUCGCGCGCCAUCUUUACUAAGGUUACUGGUGCUUCCUACGUAUCUCUUUUCCCUUGGGAAAGGAGGAUGUGAAGGCUGGAUGCUGCUGCGGCGGCGGCGGAGGCAGGCUGUUGGCAAGCCCUUUCGUCAGGUUUGUUUAAAGACCGAGACUUCCAUACAGUGCGCACUCAUGUAACCUCUACACGUUGAACAGGAAGGACAACGCGCCACAUAGAAGCUGGCUUCGUAUCUCUUUAUCGUUUCACUCUUGUCGUAUGCCGUUGUCAAUCUGUCGAUUAGACAUUGUUAUGGAUGUACUCUUGUAACGUAACGUAACAGUCCGAGCCACAGUGUUCACAUUGUCACUAGCACGUUCACGUGACAGCAAGAGUGACAUGAGAAAGAAGUCGGCCGCUAGAACUGAAAAGGGCAAAAAGCAGCGCCGUUGAGUGUUAGGUAAUCAAAGUUCGACGACAUUUGUCUAUUGUCGCUUAACAGUAGCCGACACACCGCGCGGCUCGAUACUGUCGUUUGUGUCGCAGCGAGUGAGAAAGGGGUCGUGAACAAACUAUAUUCAUACUGCACAGUUGUGUAAUUUCUUUCAACUUAUUAUACGCUCGACAAAUAGAGUUCAAGUACUAGUGGUUUGCUAGCAGACAGAUAAACACUGGGCAAACUGGGCACCGAUUUCACAUCUGCAACUUAUCCUGCGAACUCGAUCCGUUUUCGGCACUAGGGGUUGACGCAGACGGCUCGGGUGUGCCACUAUCGCUGCAAACUAGAAAACAGUGUCAAAGAUGACGGUGUUAGAACAAGAGGUGUCCUCUAAUUUGGGCCUUUUGGUGGCCCUACGACUGGGCCUGAAACCAGCAACGCCUGCCAAACAUUUGCUGCAGGAGGCCCGUAAAGUGUACAAUUGCGCCGCCAGCCGUCUUGAACGCUGGCUGGUAGCCAUGGAUGGAGAAAACUUAGUGCAGAUCGUUAUGUGGCGUUUCAGUAGGAGCUUUGACGAACUCAAGAUGUCGAUACUCAACGAUCUGGACACGGGUUUCGAGUCACUUCACUUCCUGAUGCAGGUUGCGCCACGCUUCAUGCCAGAAAUGGUAAAUUCAGCUCUACAGCAGGUGGCCUGCGAUUACCUUUGGACCAAAACGGUUAUCGAGAAAGCCUUUCGGCUGUGGCCACUCGCCGCCGGCUGCAACUCUGACAAGCGGCUUUUUCGAGAGGUUCUCAUUCAGCUGUACAAAUACGUCACCAAAUCCCUUAUCACCUGGUUAACCCAACAUGGGCCGUCGAUCCCAGCAGCGUCUCCUGUUUUGGAUGAGCUCGCAAAGGUAAUUGAGCUCCUGCUUAAAUCGGUCCAAUGUAUCGCGCAUCAUGGUUCUCUCAGUAAAACACACAAGCGAUUGUCACUGAAAUCCCUAUUCUCGGGUAGAGCACUCGCACUCAUGCGGCCGCCUACUAACAGCCAGGACCUAGACAGCACUAAUAUUAAGAAAAAAUUUUCAGUCAAGUCGCAGAAGCGUUUGGAAAGUGCCUUUGUUGAGCAGAUGAAGUAUCUUCGACGAGAUAUCGGUCAGCGUAAAAAUUCUGUGAAGUGCGCUCGUUGGUUAGCACUAGCUGUACCACAGGAGGUGCAAAAUGAGCCCAUGCUUCUGCGCUCCGACUCUUUAGCUUCGAUCUCACCCAUCAGCCCGUCGGGACCAUACACGUCUCAACUGUCUUCACAGUUAGGAAGCACGCGUACCAACAGCAGAAACAAUAAGAAAAGUACAUAAGCUUAUAUACAAAAAAGAAACGACACAUAUGAGAAGUUGACUAUCCCACGACCUCCCUUUCCAUCUAGAGCUUGACCUGCUUCAAGUAGCAGACCCAACAUCCUGUAUGACAGACCCGACAAUA